GGGCUCUGCUACGGAGAAUUCGGUGCUCGAGUUCCUAAGACAGGAUCAGCUUAUCUCUACAGCUACGUGACUGUGGGUGAGCUGUGGGCCUUCAUCACAGGGUGGAAUCUAAUCCUCUCCUAUGUUAUUGAUGCUUCACUCUUGCACUCACCGAGGAUUUCAGGACUCAUCAGUGGGAUGCAUUUUUGAUGGCUCCUGCCAGCUGGUGAGAAAGGUGAUGAUAAAUUGUCUCCUUCAUGCCCUUCAUCUAGUUGGUUUUGGGGCCCUUCCUACCAUGACACUCGACGACCAAAAUGAGUGAAAUAGCUGUGGUUGCUGUCCUAAAACCUGAUUCUGCAAAUGCACAAUGAAAAGUUUUGCCUAUUGAAUGUUCUGCUCCAAGGAUCUGGGCUCAGAGUGGUAUUUCUGAGAUUUUUUUUCUCUCUCAUAAUGGAUUUUGAACAACUGCCUCAGUUCUUACUUCAGAGUUGACUGCUCACUGUAUUGUCACAAGGCAGAAAAUUCAGUAAAAAAUAAGUAGACACCAUUCGUGGAUGUGUUCAAAUACGACUUCCUUAUUUUUAUUUCAGUCCUAUGUCAAGAGUGUGUAUUUGCAAACUGUUUCACAUAAUUUGUGAGAAGGGGUGGCUGAGGUGGAAAAUCACUGGGGGAGGAUAUGAGGUAUAGGAGAUCUCUUUAUCUUACCCAGCCCUUCUCUCAGAGCUAAUUGUCCCUCUUGUGAGCAAGGACAACUCCCAGCAGCUUCUGGGGUGUGGAGGAGGAAGAUAUGUUGGCUGCCACUGUAAGGCCCCAAUCAACUUGCUCGAUGAGACUUUUGAAAGUGUUUAUAAUGGUUCCUGUACUCUGGGUUAGACACAUGGGAGAAAUACCAACCAGAUAUUCUCAAGAGGUCAAAACAACAUAAAAGUUUACUGGCAAACUUUUGAAAAAUCUGGAAACUUUGGCUAAAGACUUAGUACAAUGUCUGAUCAACAUAAAACACUUCUCACAGCAUUAAUUUAGCCCAUCCAGCUUAGCACACUUUAAACCCGUUCCAUGUUAAGUUACUCAAAAUUUUCCAAGAAGAGGGAAUUAGAAGAAGGAGCAAAAGACAGAAGAUACAGAAAAGCACAGAUAGCUACCAACGCCUGGGUUCCAGCAGUGUUCAGAUACAAACUCCAAGAGGAAGGUAGGGUCAAGAUGGGCUGCACUUAUGCUCAACCUUAAAAAACCCAUGGCCUUUGUGGGCCCUCCCCCCCAGGUGGAACUUCUGGUCAUUUGGCCACUCAGGAGCUGGAUUAGGUGGAGUGGAGCCCUGCCCCUGGUGUGCCAGUGCAGGGCUGGAGUAGGGGCUGAGGGGUGUGGGGACAGGGCACUGCCUCACCAGGGCAAAGCUUGACCUGCUCACACUCACACACACAGGCAUCCCUAAAUGUCUCGAGACAUCAGUCCUUCCAGUCUCUGACAUGUGCAUGCUGCACUUCAGAGCCAUGGCUUGAGAGGGGCAGAAAACCAUUUUUUUUCUUAAUCUUGCCAAUUAGAAAUGAGAAAAUUGAGAAUGUUGAGAAAAUGCGAAAUUGAAAAUGAGAAAAUUCCAAGCAGUGCAUCGAAAAUGUGUAUCUCUAAGGGGCUCGGCCAGCUUGGUAUUUUCAUGCUGAGGUUCUCAGCCAUUGGGUCAGGAAGUAUUAUGAGGGUGGAAAAAGAAAUCCUGGGGUCCCAAGGAUGGGUGGCCAGUAGCUUUUAAUUAAUUGAAGUGACUUGACUCAGGGGAAGGCUCAUGUGGAGUCUUGGAGGUGGGUGAUGAGAAAAAAAUGGGCAUGCAACUGAUCAGUUACGGUCUAGAGAGAAGGAGAAAGAUGUCCGGGACCAGGAUCUGAUGUGAACUUUCUCCUGGGAUGAUGUAGAUUUGGGGAACUGUGCCAGACUGUGGGAUGUGUUUCAGGAAGUAGAAGCUGGUGGGAGCUGGUAUGAUGAGUAACAGCAUCUCUGGUAAGUAGAUGCUGCUGGGGCUUCCUGGCACUUGGUGACCUCCUUGCCUGUGCCUGUUCCUGCAGCAAGCCCAGCACCCUGAGCUCUGUGGUUCUCCUGAGAGCUGUGUGCUAUAGGCAGGAGCCAAAUCUGCUCUUGUGAGGAUGUGCUGACCCAGAACUAGUAAAUCUUCCUGGAUACAAGCUGAAUGUCUUUGCACUGUGCUCUCGAAUAACAGCAAGAUGUUAUCCAGGUGUCUGCAUUGUUGAAAGAAUGUCAGAUUUGUCCUGCUCCCUCAAGCCUGUUGGUUACAGAGAGUUCUGGAUAAAUGGCUGAUAGUUAUAUGGAACUGGCGUCCAAGCAGCUGGCAUCUAAUAUAACACAUGCAGGAGCUGGGUGUUCCCGUCCUAGAAUGUGAAAUAUUAGAACUAGGAUUAAAAAAUAGCACUAAAAUAGUCUUUUUCCUCAAAUCGUGCCAAAGCUAACCUGAAAAAUUGUAAUGUGGUAUAUGAUACGAGCUUUUGCAAUUUCUCAAGAUGAAAUUGAUGGCAGUGAUGUCCAAACUCUUUAAAGGUGUUCACACUGUGCACUUUUCUGUCUUGAUGAACAGAAGAGUCUCCCAACAGGGCUGUUGUGCAGCUUAAUUUUUAUGCUGUUGCAAAGCUGGAUGGGGCAGGUGAGUGUUCCCAGCUGUGCUGCAGGUGCUGCCCACCGCUGCUGCAGAGGAUUUGGCUCUAGGUGAGCACAGACAUUGUUUGACAGGAUUGCAGGUGCCGGAGUUGGGACCUGAACACCCACUCACAGGUGAGUGUGGCAGGACAGACUGUUCUGGGUGGAAAGGGGCUCCUGAUGGCAUCCUCUGAGGAGCUGCUCUGCAAGCCAAAGCCAAGCCAAGCUCUUUUUUUAACUAGGUAAUUAUGUACAGUAAUAAUUAUCAUAUGCAAUUAGGUGCUGUUAUAUAAAGAGUAUGUACUGUGUAAGACAUUGGGAGUGUAGCAGUACCCACGUUAACACAGGAGAGGGAGAAGUUGGCUUUUACCCAAGUCUUCUUACUUUACAAAUGCUAUCAUUGUCUGGUGGUAGCUCUUUGUUGUUACUAUUUCAGGUCUCUAAAAUGAUUUUUAUGGCCCAGACACUGUCCCCAGCUUGCUUGCCCUGAGGCCCCAGGUUCAGUCAUCACCCCAGCACGCUGCACGUAGUUGGAUGCACUCAAAUGGAAACAAAAAGUGUCCCCAGAGGGUGAAGCCUGAGCACUUGCUGCAGGCAGCUGUUCCACUUGCUGUGGUCAUCACCAAUAUUCUGCAAUGGGCUGACUUAUGCUCAGAUAACAUGUAAAUUGUAUCUGAAUCUUUUUCCUGUUUGGAUGUUCUAGCACUGAAGGUCAGAGCAGACCUGAGUGUUGCCAGAGUGCAGGGCUGGCCACUAGUGUGGUCCAGGCUGUGGUGCUCCAGCAUUGCACUGCUGGAGGGCAUCUGGAUUCUGUAAGGUCUCUCUGCCUGGGCUGCAGCCACCUAACUGGGCCUGCCAGGGACUUCUGCCAGCAUUACAUUUAGACCUCUCUGGUAACAGAAGUUACCAGGUUUGGGGGAAGAUCAGGCCCUUGGGGGUGUAAAGAAAAGGUCAGUCAGGGCACUAUCUAAGGCAAAGACGAGGUUUGCAAAGAAGCCAGACUGAAAGGACUUUUCUCAUCUUGUCAGUUCAGCAUGAGUCUGAGGCCCACCACCUGUGUGUGUUACCAUCAGAGCAGAUGCCAAGCAUGAACACAGGCUGUGGGCUGGGUAUGGAGAGGAAAGGCUACUUCCAGCACCUGGGAGCACAUGCAAGGUUGCUUUGAGGCCCUCCAUAUUGAAAAACCUUACAAGGCUUCCCCUGGUUUGGAACAUGUGCCAGCCACAAAGGGUGAUCUUUGUCCAUUCUGUCCUCUGGCAGGAACCUCAAGUGUGGCCAGAGCCUGGAGCGCGACGUUUGAUGAAAUCAUAGGGCAGCACAUUGAAAAGUUCUGUAAAAAGUACAUGACGAUGGAUGCUCCUGGAGUGCUAGCAAAAUACCCAGACAUCUUUGCUGUGGUGAUAAUCAUCAUCCUGACAGGGCUUUUAGCUUUUGGCGUGAAAGAAUCUGCCCUGGUGAACAAAGUGUUCACCUGCAUCAACGUCCUUGUCCUUGGAUUUGUUGUGAUCUCCGGCUUUGUGAAAGGAUCUGUUAAAAACUGGAACCUGACUGAACAGGACAUUUACAACACCAGCCAUAGCAUUUUCAAAGACAAUCAAACACAGGAAGAAAAACUCUACGGUGUUGGAGGGUUUAUGCCCUAUGGAUGGAAAGGAGUCCUCUCAGGGGCAGCCACGUGUUUUUAUGCUUUUGUGGGAUUUGACUGUAUUGCUACUACAGGUGAGGAAGUAAAAAACCCUCAGAAGGCCAUUCCUAUUGGCAUUGUGGCAUCUCUUCUCAUCUGCUUUGUGGCUUAUUUUGGCGUGUCGGCUGCCCUGACGCUCAUGAUGCCUUACUACCAGCUGGAUACCAAUAGCCCUUUACCCAAUGCCUUUAAAUAUGUGGAUUGGGAUGGAGCCAAUUAUGCAGUGGCUGUCGGUUCCUUGUGUGCACUUUCUACGAGUCUCCUUGGCUCCAUGUUUCCGAUGCCUCGAAUAAUUUAUGCUAUGGCAGAAGAUGGACUUCUCUUUAAAUUUCUGGCUAAAGUCAAUGAGAAGAGAAAAACUCCCUUAAUUGCAACAGUGACAUCAGGAGCUACGGCAGCUGUUAUGGCCUUUCUCUUUGACUUGAAAGAUCUUGUGGACCUCAUGUCCAUCGGGACCCUCCUGGCUUACUCCUUGGUAGCAGCCUGUGUGUUGGUACUGAGGUACCAGCCAGAGCAGCCUAAUUUGGCAUACCAGAUGGCUAGGUCAACAGAAGAGACAGAUAACAACGAGUCUGUGAGCACCAGUGAGUCACAGGCUGGGUUUCUGCCAGAGGAGGAGAAGUUUUCUCUCAAAGCCAUACUGUGUUCCACAGAUUCAGAUCCUUCCAAAUUCUCUGGUUCGGUGGUGAACAUCUCAACCUUCAUCAUUGGUUUCCUUAUUGUGGGUAUCUGUAUCCUGACUUCCCUUGAGCCAAACAUUCUGAUAAACACAGUACAGAUUAUAGCCGCCAUCCUUGUUGUCACUGUCAUCUUCAUUAUACGGAAACAGCCUGAAAGCAAAACCAAACUCUCCUUUAAGGUACCUUUUCUGCCCUUUCUUCCUGUUGGAAGUAUUUUUGUGAAUGUUUACCUCAUGAUGCAGCUAGACGCAGGCACAUGGAUCCGGUUUGCGAUCUGGAUGCUCCUAGGCUUUAUCAUCUACUUUACCUAUGGAAUAUGGCAUAGUGUGGAAGCCAGCUACGCGGCCUCAGCAGAAGCGGAGAGAAACACAGACACGGGCUCAGACAGCUGUAAAUGACUCUGUUUGGCUUACAGGCAACUGAAAGAACGGCUGCAGUGAAAGAAGCUUUGUGGUGGGGAUCCUGAACCAGAUUACACCUGUAAUCAGUCAUGCAGGAAUAAGGAGGUGGAAUGCAGGCCUCCCCAGCUUGGUCACUGCAGCUUGCAGUUUGUUUAGCAGCACAGUUUAAAGGGACCACAAGAUGAAAAGACUCAACUCUGGCAUAUUCCCAGCAGCACUGGCAGCUCAACUGGGGUGCUUCCCUCUCUCCCUCUCCUGUUUUGUUUUUUUUUUUUCUCCCAGUGUGUAGAAAGAGAACUGCUUCUGUGUGCAAAUGCUGCUAUGAGAACAGGCCUCACAAAUGUCCUUCUUUCAGUAGCCCCCAGAAAUACCUCCCCAUAGAUAUUGUACUUGAUUAUACAUGGAGCAGAUUUUGCAGUGCUACUGUCAGGCACAGACCAGGAUCCAUCCUUAACCCUAUGUGAGUUGUACAAUCUGUAUGCACACAAAAAAAAAGGUUCUCACCAAAUGCUACAUUUCACCAGGUUAACAAAGCACCUGCAAGAUUUGCAUUCUUUCAAAUAUCAGGUCUUACCUUUUCUGUUCUAUCUAACAGGGUUUUUUAGCUACGUGCUCACAUGCUUUAAGGCAUGUCACUGCUGUGAAAGGUUGGAAAGGUUUGUGGUCACUGCUUGUCAGGUGAGUGAUCGCUUGCCAGCACACAGGCAACACCAGCAGGUGUUUCUGCCAACUGUGUGUCCCACAGAGCAAUUGCCAGCUUUAGUCAGGAAACCAUGUGGUGCAAGUCCUGCAAAGGCUUGAAAACAAUGGGUGUCUCCAAAGAGCAGUCCUGCCUCUUUGCCUCAGAGAUCACCAGUGGUGUGAGUGGCCCAACAGAAUUGAGUUAGCCCUGACACCAAGUGGAGCCCUAUGUUCCUGCCCCCACAUCAGUUUUGUGUGCUGGCUGCCUGGCAUUAGCAGCUUUGGUUUGACAUUGGUGGGUGGAGCACAUUCCUGCACUGGGAAGGGAAGCACAGGAGGAUCUCAGAAGCAUGAAGUUCUUACAUGAGCAAUGCCUGGUGUCUGCCCCCUGUCCAGGGGAGGCUCUGGGGUAUGCAGGGGCUUCUCAGUCCUGGCAGAGUGUGCAGCCCAGAAAACACCAUUAAGCUGUAGGGUCUGACUUGCUGAGGGGAGCUUUCCCUUUGGGGCUGGAGAUCGUCUCCAGAGCCUGCCCAUAGUGAAGGAUGGGAAAUUUGGAGUUGAGACCAGCGUCUGUAUGUGCCAGACAAUGUGAUUGGCAAUGUCUUGGUUUUGGCUGUAUGAUGAUUUUUUGUUUAAUUUCUCUCUAAUAACUUUCCCUAGCCAAAUUAAUCCACUACCCUAAAAAGGCUUAUUAAAGCACCUUCACGUGAAGGUGAACCACACCCAA